AUGACAUCCUCAAACAACGAACAACAGGCUCCCAAUGCAAAGAUACCAUCACCCACAUACCUCUUUAGCGCAUCAGUGAGUCUUGGGCAGACUGUCGGCCCUAUUCCACUCCUGGAGGGCGGCACUCGCUACGUCGAACCCAUUGUCGGCGGAACCAUCUCGGGCCCCUCCUUCACCGGCACGAUUGACGGCGGCUUCGCUGCCCCGAUUCAUAUCGGCAACACACAUGAUAGCAAUGAGGCCAAGGCAAAAUUAACUUUCGUCUACGCGUACGGUCAUGCCAGCGAUGGCUCGCCUUUCUACAUGGAGGAGUCCGGCGUCGGCCUCACCGAGAUUCAAAACACAAGACUGAAGCUGAUGGUCGGCGGUCAAUACGAGGAUCUCCAAAAGACCUACAUACUGGCGCAGCCGUCUUUGAGUGCUGAUAGACCGAUGGCUACGGUCGAUUGUUAUAGCAUUCCCCUUCCUACCUGA